AACCGAAGAAGAAAGACCGGAGCCGGAUGUUGGCGAAGCAGAAACAAAAACGUCGUGAAACAGUUGUACAGUUUACAGACAGUAUGGGACGGGAGUCUCGACAUUACCGGAAGCGCUCAUCGUCACGAGGACGCUCAGGCAGUCGCUCUAAAAGCCGCUCUCCUGACUCUAAGCGAGUGAAGAAAGAGGAUCGAGCACGUGAGCGGGGACGCAGGGAACGAUCACGCAGCAGAGAGCGGAGGAGAUCACGCUCCAGAGACCGCAAGAGACAGAGGCGGUCUCGGAGUCGUGAGCGUAAACGCUCCAGAAGUCGUGAGCGCAGGAGAUCGAGGAGCCGCAGUAAAGGGCGAAGCAAGGAGAAGUCAGAUGGUGGUGAGCAGUCAGCAGAUAAGAAGAAGAAAGAGGAGAAGGAAGAGGAGCGAGUGGAGGAUCAGGACUUUGACCAGACGACACUGGAGGAGGAGAUGAGGAAGAGGAAGGAGCGGGUAGAGAAAUGGAGGGAGGAGCAGAGGAAGAAGGCCAUGGAGAACAUUGGCGAGAUCAAAAAGGAGCUCGAAGAGAUGAAACAGGGCAAGAAGUGGAGCCUGGAGGAUGAUGAUGAUGAUGAUGAAGAGGGUCCGGCCUCAGUGGAUCAAGAGGGAGAGGAGGACGAAGAUAAGGAGAAGGACGGGAAGGUGGAGGAAGCAGAGGUGAUGGAGGAGGAGGGAGGGGAAGAGCUUGACCCCCUGGAUGCCUACAUGGAGGAAGUGAAGGAGGAAGUGAAGAAGUUCAACAUGGGCACUAUGAAGGGAGGAAACGACAAAAAAGGAGGCAUGACUGUGACAAAGGUGGUGACGGUGGUGAAGACGAAGAAGAUUCCUUACAUCACCAAAAAGAAAGGAGAGUUAAUGGAGAAUGAUCAGGAUGCCAUGGAGUAUUCGUCAGAGGAGGAGGAAGUGGACCUGCAAACGGCUCUCACCGGCUUCCAGACCAAACAGCGGAAAAUUCUGGAGCCUGUUGAUCAUCAGAAAAUCCAGUACGAAUCCUACCGCAAGAAUUUCUACGUAGAAGUUCCUGAGCUGACCAAAAUGACACCGGAGGAGGUGAAUGAGUAUCGUCUGGAGCUUGAGGGAAUCUUGGUGAAGGGGAAAGGCUGUCCCAAACCCGUAAAGACCUGGGUGCAGUGUGGAACAUCCAUGAAGGUCUUAAAUGCCCUUAAAAAGCAUAACUACGAGAAGCCUACGCCCAUCCAGGCUCAGGCCAUUCCCGCCAUCAUGUCCGGACGUGACCUCAUCGGCAUUGCCAAAACAGGAAGUGGGAAAACCAUCGCAUUCCUGCUGCCAAUGUUUCGCCAUAUUUUAGACCAACGACCCUUAGAGGAGGGGGAGGGGCCUAUCGCGACAAUCAUGACGCCAACACGUGAGCUCGCUCUGCAGAUCACUAAAGAGUGUAAAAAGUUCUCCAAGCCACUGGGGCUCAGAGUGGUGUGUGUGUACGGUGGAACAGGCAUCAGCGAGCAGAUAGCAGAGCUGAAGCGUGGAGCUGAAAUCAUUGUCUGCACUCCUGGUCGAAUGAUCGACAUGCUGGGAGCCAACAGUGGACGAGUCACGAACCUGCGCAGAGUCACAUAUGUCGUAGUCGACGAAGCUGAUCGAAUGUUUGAUAUGGGUUUUGAACCGCAGGUAAUGCGCAUAGUGGAUAAUGUGCGGCCGGAUCGUCAGACAGUGAUGUUUUCAGCAACAUUUCCUCGAGUGAUGGAGGCUUUAGCUCGCCGUAUCCUCAACAAACCAAUCGAGGUUCAGGUUGGGGGAAGGAGCGUGGUGUGUUCAGAUGUGGAGCAGCAUGUGAUUGUGAUUGAGGAGGAGAAGAAGUUCCUGAAGCUGUUGGAGAUUUUGGGUCAUUAUCAGGAGAAAGGCUCAGUGAUUAUUUUUGUAGAUAAACAGGAACACGCAGACGGCUUGCUGAAAGACCUGAUGAAGGCCUCGUACCCCUGCAUGUCUCUGCAUGGAGGAAUCGAUCAGUAUGAUCGGGAUAGUAUAAUAAACGAUUUUAAGAGUGGGGCGUGUCGGCUGAUGGUGGCCACAUCGGUGGCAGCGAGAGGCCUGGACGUAAAGCAUCUCAUUCUAGUGGUGAACUACAACUGUCCCAAUCAUUAUGAGGACUAUGUCCACCGUGCCGGGAGGACUGGCAGAGCUGGAAAUAAGGGCCACGCAUACACGUUUAUCACUCAGGAUCAGGUGCGAUAUGCAGGUGACAUCAUUAAAGCUCUGGAGUUGUCAGGGUCUUCAGUUCCUCCUGAACUCGAGCAGCUUUGGGCUACCUUCAAGGAGCAGCAGAAAGCGGAGGGGAAGAGUAUUAAGAGCAGCAGUGGGUUUUCAGGGAAAGGCUUUAAGUUCGAUGAGACUGAACAUGCUCUGGCUAACGAAAGGAAGAAACUCCAGAAAGCGGCGCUUGGUCUUCAUGACUCAGACGACGAGGACACAGCACUGGAUAUAGAUGAGCAGAUCGAAAGCAUGUUUAACUCUAAGAAGCGUGUGAAGGACUUGGCGGCUCCGGGGGGUUCUGCACCGUCAGGUUCAGGACUCACUGUUUCUGCUGCAGGACUUGGUGGUCUCACUGCACCUUCAGCUGGAAACAUUCAGAAACUUGAGAUCGCCAAGAAACUGGCACUGAAGAUCAACGCACAGAAAAACCUCGGCGCAGAAGCUCAGGACGUAAUGCAACAGGCCACUAACGCCAUCAUGAGGGGUGGGACCAUGAUCGCACCCUCCAUCUCCGCUAAGACCAUUGCCGAGCAGCUUGCAGAGAAAAUCAAUGCCAAGCUGAACUACACACCCAUCGAGAAACUGGAGGAGGAGCGACAGAAUGCUGAACAGGCAGAGAGUGUCAAGAGGUAUGAAGAGGAGCUGGAGAUCAACGACUUUCCCCAGACGGCGAGGUGGAAGGUGACGUCUAAAGAGGCUCUGCAGAGGAUUGGCGAAUAUUCAGAGGCUGCCAUCACCAUCAGAGGGACAUACUUCCCUCCUGGGAAAGAGCCCAAAGAGGGAGAACGCAAGAUUUACCUCGCCAUCGAGAGUGCAAAUGAGUUGGCGGUGCAGAAAGCAAAAGCAGAAAUCACACGGCUCAUCAAAGAAGAGCUCAUACGCUUGCAAAACUCGUACCAGCCGACAGCCAAAGGCCGAUACAAAGUUCUGUAGACGAAGACCCUUCUGUUUUUUCGUUGUGUUUUACAGUGACGUAAAGAGGUGAUUUGUGUUUAUUUGGCUGAUUAAAUGGACUGUGAAGUGAUUCAGCUCUCAGUUCAGUCUCAUAUUCAUUAUGUGUAGAUUCUCUUUUACACCAAUAAAACAUUUUAAACAUAA